AUGGAGCCACUGAAGACCAUUUUUAGCCGCGGCCCACUGUUGAACUGGAAAGGUUUGGAUCAAUCGCAAAAAGGAAACUUCACCAAUCCUGUGUGGACAGCUUUAUUCGACUAUGAGGCGUCCGGUAAAGACGAGCUCACCCUCCACAAAGGUGACCUGGUGGAAGUUCUGUCACUGGACUCAGAGAUAUCCGGUGACGAGGGCUGGUGGGCGGGCAAGGUCAACAACAAAGUGGGUAUCUUUCCCUCAAACUACGUGUCCUUCAAGCCUCCUUCAUAUGGGAAACUGCAGGGCAGUGGAGUCGGGGAGCUUGGGCCAGCCGUGGUGGGGGUGGGGGAGUUCGAACCCGAGGCUGUGGAUUUCAGGGAACUGAGCCUCGAGGAGGUCAUUGGGGUCGGAGGCUUCGGCAAGGUGUAUCGCGGUACAUGGAGAGGUGGACUGGUGGCCGUGAAGGCGGCCCGCCAGGACCCGGAUGAGGACAUCAGUGUGACGGCCCAGAACGUGCGCCAGGAGGCUCGGCUGUUUGCCAUGCUCACUCACCCCAACAUCAUCGCCCUCAAAGGUGUUUGCUUACGGGAACCCAACUUGUGCCUCAUCAUGGAGUACGCAUCUGGUGGCGCACUGAGCCGAGCAUUGGCCGGACGCCGCAUCCCGCCGCACGUCCUGGUCAACUGGGCGGUGCAGAUCGCCAGGGGCAUGCUCUACCUGCACACGGAGGCCAUUGUUCCUGUCAUCCACCGUGACCUUAAGUCUAACAACAGUAAGUCACUGCACUAGGCCCGUCUAUGUCCAGAGUUGGUUUUAACGAUGCACUGUGGUUAGAACAUUGUUAUAGACAACACCUAGUGGGGAGCUAGAAGGUCAUAAACAGGUGAAUUACUGGCAUUUCCUUAGCUCCAUGACAAACUAUCAAAUUCAGUUUCACCAGUUCACUUGGCUCGGAGUGAAAUGGGCGUAGGCUACAUAUUUGCUGGGAUCUUGACCUACAGGCCUCAGGCAGGAUUGUCAGGACAUUGUGCACUGUAGGCUAGGGUAUUUGUUGCAUUACCACAAGCUACACCACACCACACACUUCGCCUUUGACAAAGCUCACUUUUCUCCCUUCUGCACUAGAAUAUUGACUCUAAUAGCUCACAAAUUACAAGCACAAACAUCCCACCUAUCAGACAAAUUCAAUUUCACACACACACACACACACACACACACACACACACACACACACACACACACACACACACACACACACACACACACACACACACACAUUAAUGCAACACACACAUCACUGCAACACACACAUCACAACUUCUGCUACCAGACUCGUAUUAUACUGCUCAAUUUAUACACUUGACCCCCUUCCCCAAUACACAUGUAAAUAUUGGACUAUACAUUGUGCCUUCCUGUAUUAUACUUGCUCAAAUGUAUUAUUCUAUUCUACUGAGCCAUUUACUUUAUGUUCAUAUUAUUAUUUCUUAUUGUUGUUUCAUUGUCCAGAAGGAACCUGAAAGUAAGCAUUUCGUUGGACGAUGUAUUCCAUGCGUAUCCCGUACAUAUGAUUAAUAAAAGUUGAAACUUGAUUUUGAAAGUCUAGUGAGCAUUUCUCAAUAACGAGACCAGCUGCUUCGCAAGCAAAGGUCAAGAAUUCUAGUGGGUGCAUUUAUAGUCCGUCACAAUUCACUCUUUGGACUUUGAUGCACUGGAUUGUUGGAAUAACAGUGAUGUAGGCUUAGGUAGGUGUUUUGGGCUCUAGCUCUGGCCACGUAGCCAUAUACCAUGGACCUUGUCAUUAAGCCACAUCAAAUAGAUGUAGUGAAGGUGAUAAAGAGAGAAUUCAACUCUCUCAAUCCAUAACAAACGGUUCUUGGAACUGUCAGGCUGAGAGUGUCUAAGUAACCUUGAUAGUCAAAACACAAAGCCACCUGAAUUCACACACGGAGGCAAAACCAUUAUUAUACCUUUGACAAAUCCGAUAAUCCCUGUCAGCGGCUCAGCAAUGUUCAGGGUUUGUUAUUGUUCAACAUCCCCUCUUUUAUCGUUCGUUCAAAUCACCAAAGAAUCCCUCUGAACAGCCAUGUUACGUUACGCAAAAUAUCAAGGUUAUUUUUUUGGUUUGACUAGACACCGACACCACUUCUGAGAAUAUGGGCCUUGGUAGGUCGGUGUUAGUAGUUCUAUACCCAGUUUCAAGGUUUUCGGUCACACCUAACCCUAAUUAGGCCAAAGUAUCACUGUUUCAGUACAUCGUCACCUUCAUCUUCUUCAUUGAUUCUCACAAAGCACAAUCCUCUUUCACUUGUUCCACUGCACAUUUCCUCUCUCAACCCUCUACUCUCUUCAUGGCCCAGGGCAAUUACUUUUUCACUUUAAAAUGUCUGCCAAACAAAGACCAUUGGUUUCAAAAUUUAACAAACCAUGAAACAUUUCCAAAAACUAAUUUAGUGGAAGAACUGUGCAGAUGAAACUUUGGUAACUGAAUUUCGAUAAACUCUCCCUCAGGAUUUUAUGCAACCACGUUUUCCAAAAACUCUUAAAUAUCCGCUACGAAUUAAGAUUGAAAGAUGUCUGCAGAAAUAAUGGAGACUAUGACAUUACACCUUGAAAAAAUCUCUUAUUAUUGAACUCCAGUAAGUGAAGUGGAUUUACACCCGGUAACAGAAUUUCAUCAUGUAUCUGACCUGUACUAAACAGAAAUGCAUAAUUAUGGAUAUGAAUGUCAUUCUCCUCAUGUUUCAAAAGUUUCGACAUCACAGCGCAGAACAGCAGAGUACAGUAGAGUGCAAUACAAUACAGCACAUCAGAGAGUAGAGUACAGUACAAUAUACUGUAUGUAUUGUACUGUUCUAUAAUCUACUUUUCUGUACUGUACUACUGUAUUGUACUGUACUUUAUUGUACUCACUGUACUCUGCUUUACUAUCCAAACUUGUGAAAUAUACGUCUAUGAUGGGUUCAGAUUUGGUCCAGUCUGGUCCGUCUGUGGACAUUAACAUCAAGGCCAGGGUGGACUGACCACAUUUAAUCUACAUUUCAACAUCUAUGGACUUCCAGUGUCGGUCCAUGCUCAGUGGUUGAGGAUACUGGUUACAGUAAAUGGAAAGAGAGGGAGAGGGAGAGGGAGAGGGAGAGGUAGAGGUAGAGGGAGAGGGAGAGGUUUUUAACACUUUGUUUGACCACCAGAAAGCGAAAUAAAACCAUUAUGAGCUGAACAUAACAGUAUGCCAGUGGAAGGGAGAACAGUAGCAGGUGACCCAACUGUAGUUUGUGACUAUUAUGAUUUCCCAUUGUUACCAGUUCAGUUGCAGAAAUUCCCUUACUGAAUUAUGAGUUUAAUUCACUUAAUAGUUCAAUGGUAGGUCUACCGUUACUUUGUUAAACUUUCAUUAUCCUCCCUCAUGAGGGAGAGAAAUUAGAAAAUAUCUUAAAGAUAUGUAGGUUUUUGGUAACGGAAUUACAAGGCAAUAUUUCUUAAACUUACAGAAGGUAAACGAUUUCUCCAAAACUAUAUAUAAAUGUUGAUAUUAGGUGGCAGGGGUCUUUAUGUCAACAUUAUUGUGUUUUGAUGUAUUUCUGAUACCUUUUAAGACUAUUUCUGGUAGAUGUUUUGUACGACCCAUUUUCCACCUGUUUAUCCAGAAAUCAAAGCCUUUACUUAUAGCAAAUUUUUAAGAUGGAAAAUGAUUGAAAAAUGUAUCUAUGCCUUCAUAUCCCCAAAAUAUAGACUCUUAGCUUUCAUUUGACACCAAAUUUGAUAUGCUCCUAUGAACUUCAAUUGUUUGUACUUUUAGAUGGAAAUGCCCCCCACUGUUCAGACUGAGCAGACAUCAACGAACCCACUGGACUGGAAAACACCCAUGUUGUGCAAAGAAAAAGCUUUUUUAAAUGUAGGGUUUAUAGGCUAUAUGGAGCGACACAACCAACAGUCCCUCUCUACCUCCUACCUCAUGUUUUUUUAUUAUUAUCUGAAGCUUUGUCCCAGGCCUGCCUCUACUCAUCUCUAUCCUGCUGUUUGGGGAAGGAGAGAUCUGUGUUUUAGAGAGGAGAGGGAGAAAGAGAUCUUCCUUCAGUGUUUCACUGGUCACUUUAAAGUGUACAGGAGAAUCAAGGGAAGUAUCAAGGAAAGGUACACACUAUUCAAGUUGGCGGCCAUUGAAAGUAUAAUGAGAGGUUCGAGAUUCUAAAAUUGGCCACAAACCACUGAACCACAACGAGGCCUUAGAUUCAGUAAGACAGUAGGUGAAAGGAGAAUGUUGUCAAGUUUACAGAUAAAGACGUUCACUACACGAUAACAAUGAUUUUAAAGUUAAUUAAAUGCAUUGUUUAGUGGACUGUUGCAACGACAGAGCUGUGAGUAAAGGAUACGUUUUAUUUUUUACAACCAAAUCUCAAUUUAUUUAUGUAAAUGGCAUGUUAUAGAAGGGUCCAGACCAGUAGCAGUGCGUGGGUAAAAUCACUGAGGAAGCAAAGCCAAGCCAGCAAAAAAGCCAUAUUAGAACCUAUGUUGUGAUAAUUGCGUCGUUUGUUAUAUAACAACCGUGAUAUACAAUAAGGCCGUUAGAACAAAAAGACAAGUACAUUUUAGUCAUUUAGCAGACGCUCUUAUCCAGAGCGACUUGAGUGCAUACAUAAUUUUUUUAUUUUUCAUACUGGCCCCCCCGUGGGAAUCGAACCCACCACCCUGGCGUUGCAAACGCCAUGCUCUACCAACUGAGCUACAUCCCUGCCGGCCAUUCCCUUCCCUACCCUGGACGACUUGUGCGCCGCCCCAUGGGUCUCCCGGUCGCGGCCCCAUGGGUCUCCCGCUACGACAGAGCCUGGAUUCAAACCAGGAUCUCUAGUGGCACAGCUAGCACUGCGAUGCAGUGCCUUAGACCAUAGACCAGUGCCUUAGACCAUUGUAGACCGUUGGUCCCCCCUUUGCUGCAAUAACUGCCUUCACUCUUCUAGGAAGGCUUUCCACUAGAUGUUGGAACAUUGCUGCGGGGGAUUUGCUUUCAUUCAGCCACAAGAGCAUUAGUGAGGUUGUGCACUGAUGUUGGGCAAGGUCUGGCUCGCAGUCUGCGUUCCAAUUCAUCCCAAAGUUGUUAGAUGGGGUUGAGGUCAGGGCUCUGUGCAGGCCAGUCAAUUUCUUCAACGCCGUUCUUGACAAACCAUUUCUGUAGGGACCUCGCUUUGUGCACGGGGACAUUGUCAUGCUGAAACAGGAAAGGGCCUUCCCCAAACUGUUGCCACAAAGUUGGAAGCACAGAAUCAUCUAGAAUGUCAUUGUAUGCUGUAGCGUUAAGAUUUCCCUUCACUGGAACUAAGGGGCCUAGCCCGAACCAUGAUAAACAGCCCCAGACCAUUAUUCCUCCUCCACCAAACUUUACAGUUGGCCCUAUGCAUUGGGACAGGUAGUGUUCUGCUGGCAUCCGCUAAACCCAGAUUUGUCUGUCGGACUACCAGAUGGUGAUGCGCAAUUCAUCACUCCAGACAACACAAUUCCACUGCUUCAGAGUCCAAUGGCGGCGAGCAUUACACCAUUCCAGCCGACGCUUGGCCUUGCGCAUGGUGAUCUUAGGCUUGUGUGCAGCUGCUCGACGAACAGUUAUUGUGCUGACGUUGCUUGCAGAGGCAGUUUGGAACUCGGUAGUGAGUGUUGCAACCGAAGACAGACGAUUUUUACGGGCUUCAGCACUCGACGGUCCAGUUCUGUGAGCUUGUGUGGCUUACCGCUUCGUGGCUGAGCCGUUGUUGCUCCUAGACGUUUGCACUUCACAAUAACAGCACUUACAGUUGACCGGCGCAAAUUCUAGCAGGGCAGACAUUUUACAAACUGACUUGUUGGAAAGGUGGCAUCCUAUGACGGGGCCGCGUUGAAGGCCAUUCUACUGCCAAUGUUUGUCUAUGGAGAUUGCAUGGCCGUGUGCUCGAUUUUAUACACCUGUCAGAAAUGGGUUUGGCUGAAAUAGCCGAAUCCACUAAUUUGAAGGAGUGCCCACAUGCUUUUGUAUAUAUAGUGUAUAUCACCUGCAGCAUGGUCAAGCAAGUUAAUGCUUUCGACAGUUUACUAAACAACUACUGAUUUAGUGUUACUGCAAGUCAGCACAAAGACAACAGACACUGCCUCCACUAUUCCAGCACCAUUUCAACUUAAACAUUUAAACAUCAUCAAAUCAACAAGGCUAUAUACGGUAUGCUUAGUUUAAUACACUGAAAACGAACUUAAAGAUACCAAAAACAAUUGAGUCCAAUCAAUGUUGCUAAAUAUCAUGUUGGCUGUCCAUCGUACUGAUUUGUGGUGCGUGUGCAAGUAUAACAAAACAUGUUGACUCACCCUACUUGUAGACUAGUUGAACGCCAAUGGCAUCCUUCUCUCUUUCAUGUUGGCAAAACGUCUAUGGCGCUGUCAUACGGUACACUUUUUAGUUUUUGUUGUAGCUAAAAUGCUUGCUAGCCUGACUUCCUCUCAUGGGCAACAAUUAACCACUAAGUUAGCUAGCUAACGUUAGCUAGUUAACGUGAGCCUACUUGGCUACAUAUUGAACUUCAAUCGUCUCAGGCCAGUGGCACAACAUAUUCAUUUAUGGUUAGAUCAGAAUCGCCGUCAUAAUCAUUGGCCUGUACAGAGAAUUAAGUCAAAACUACAAGUCCAAAUCCCCAUCUCCAUCCAUGGCUUAGGAAAGGGACGAUUUAGCAAGUUAGGACAUCAACACAAGCAGACCAGAAACUGACACGUUUUUCUGAAAAUGACAUUUUGCAAAGGAAGUAAUUUCAUUGGUCUGAAGCCAAAUCCAAACUGGCCACCAGGACAACCCACAGUUGAGCUCAGCUCAAUGCUGAACGGCUAAUUCUUUUAUAGUUAUUUUUUAUCAAGGGAGGCCAAAUGCUUGUUGGCAUCAGUCAGUCAAAUGCUACGGCGGCAACAUGUUAUACUCUUUUGGUCCAGACAGCAUCAGAUACAUGGGCUACACAUACUGAGACAGAGGGGCACUGUUUCCCUCGCUCUGAUGAUUUCUCAGUUGAGAUUCAGCCACUUGUGAAUUGACAGAAAAUUAUGAAAACACAGAGACAGAAAAUAAAUAUUAUAUAUAUAUAUUUGGGGAGCCUGGCUUCCCUUGGCAUCCAUGAAUACACGCCACUGGUCCAGACACCUUUUUUGUGAUUUCACAUGUUUUUGAGAAACUUACCCCAAACAGAAAAUCACUUCCUCAUCCUCCUUGUGUAGUAUGGGGGCCUGACAAAAUGGAAUAUAACGUUGCAGAUACAUUUCGGAAUGGCACAAUUUCAUGUGUAGAACAUCUAAAGACCUGCAUCACUAUACUGAUAGCUUUUCCGUUUCUAAAAUGACGUAUUUGAGUGUUUUCUUGGGGCCCCCAUACAACAUAGCAAGGAUGAGGAAGUGAUUUGCUGUUUGGUGUAAGUUUCUCAAAAACGUGAAAUCACAAAAAGAUGUCUGGACCCUAUAACAUGCCAUUUACAUCAAAAAUAGAGAUUUGGUUGUAAAAAAGAACAUUUGUCCUUUAAGGGUGAAAUGCACUUUCUAUAGCUGUAGAGGUUUUAAAAGAUAAAAGCCUGUAGCUUUGUGUUGUAGUUACAAAUCAGUGAAGCUUAUUGUACUUACUGCACAAAUGGAAGAUGCUGAUUAAACAGGAUCGUUGAAGAAAGUGCACACAGAGGAAGGCCUUGGAUGCAGGCCAGAGGCCAUAACUGGAAUUCUGUUGAAAGUAAAUACAGAGUAGGAUACAGCAGAAAGGAGCCUCUUCCUCUCGCAUUCCCAGUACCAGCACACACACACACGAGCGAGUGUGUGUGUACAUACACAAACACUCACGAGCGAGCACAUACACACACACACAUACCUUGGGCCCCCUUAUCAGUCAGGCAUUGACACAUUGGCCGUCAGACACACACAAUCAGUCAUAAACACAUUGGCUAUCAUACAGUAUAUUUACACACAUUAUAAAUGUACACUAUAGUUUGAAAUCACAUGGUAAAUGCCACACUAAGCAUUGGUGGAGUCAAACUAAACUUAAAGGCCUUUUUUAAAGAAGAACCACAGUUUAAGUAGAUCUUGGAUUAACAUGUUUUUUUCCCCCCCAGAGUGGACAAGCAUCUGAUACAUCCGUGUACCACCAGUAUGUUUUCGUUCAGGGUCCUUAGCGCCCAAUGCAGCACACUGAAAACAUCCCCUGUGUUGCUCUGCACUCACACAAACACACUGACAGUCUCUCGCUACUCACACACUCGUUCUCACACACAUCAACAUUCCCAAGUUCUCACACACAUCAACAUUCCCAAGUACACUGAGGGGAAUUAUGAGGGCAAUUUGGACAUUUAGCCCGCAGUGGCGGCAUGAGGUAUUCAGACCAGGAAGUAGAGACAUUUUGAACUUGAUCAACUCUGGCAUGUUGACUUUUAUUAUCUGUAGCAGGGGCUGCUGCAGCAAUAGACUAGCUUUGCCUAUCAUUGGAUACAAACAAUACUAGGCUAAAGAGUGCUGAUCUAGGAUCAGGUCCCCCUGUCAUCUUAUUCAUAAUGAUCUAAGAAGGCAAAACUGAUUCUAGAACAGUACUCCUACUCUGAGACGCUGUAUGAAUACGGGCCCUGAUAUGGACAUUUGAAAGUAAAUCCUAGAGGAAUUGUAUGUAAAUUAAAUGGUUAGAGAUACCAAUGGGGCUUGACAGUUAUGGCCAGUUAGUCAUUUUAAAUAUUCAAUAAAUGACCUUGCUGUAGGUUAAUUCCCAUCUUCUAUCUUCAUCAAUCAAUCAGUAAAAGUUUUUUACAACACAAAGUUCAUAGCCUUUCUUGUUUGUCGCUGUUGGAUGAGACAACAAUGUUCAAACCCCCAUCUACAGUAGCAAACACAGCCGACAGACAGUGGCAAGGAAAAACUCCCUCAGCCUCAAUAGGAACAAACCUGUCCUUAUCCUUUCACUGACACAUCUUCAAUACCAGUGUGUUGCUGCCUGACAGGAAUCACCUGUGAUGGGGUGGCAGUGCCAGGUUCUGUGGAGGAGGUCACUCAGGGCAAGGCUCAGCUGCGUUUCCAUUGGCACAGUGUCUGGCUGGCUGUGAUAAGAGUACAAUAG